UAUUUUUUUCCUUUUAUUUAUGAUUAUUAAUGUACGCAUUCUGUAAACAUUUUAAAAUACUCAAACAAUAAAGAAGAACAUACAUAUCAUUUUUCCAAAUUAUCUUUGCUUAUCUUUGUCACGUUCAGUUUAUAAGGUGGUGGCACUAGUAUAAAUUGCAUUUCGUUUCCGCGUUGGCAUACUGAUAAAACGUACUUUGAAGUUCGCAAUAUAUUUGUUUAAAAUGUUACCGUCGAUUGCAUAUUCUUACAUUCUGUUAUUUUUUAUGACAAAUGUAGCAUCUGGCCAAUUCGAUUAUUGUCCUUGUGUCUCACCAGAUUCAACAUUUGCGAUUGGUGUUAACCUGCUCUAUUAUAAAUGUAAUAAUGCAACGGAUCCUUCUGAUAGAAUCUCCUAUAGUAUUACGGAGCCAGAAAAUAUAAUAAACGUACUAGAUCCAACUAAACAAACAAAUAUUUUCAUUUUUGGAUGGCAGCUAUACCCAGAUCACAUUCUUGUCCAGUAUAUGAUGGAAGCUCUUUGUAACGGAAAAACGACCAACGUUGUGUUACUUGAUUGGAGCAAGUAUUCUUCUGGUUUUUACUUGACCGUUUUUAAUAACGCCCAAGGAGUAGGAGUAUUAUUUGCUCAAUGUUUACAAAAACUCGUAAAUUCCGGUCUCGAUGUAUCUACAAUUUAUAUCAUUGGGUUUUCACUAGGCGCUCAUAUAGCUGGCAUUGCUGGCAAAUGCAAUAAGAACUUUCAGUUAAUUCGCAUCACAGGAUUGGAUCCUGCAAAUCGUUAUAUUCCGGCGGUAUCAAAUAAUACUAUUUUAAAAGGAUGCUAUCUUACGCCUGACGCUGCGAAAUGUGUCGAUGUUAUCCACACGGAUAUGGGUUUCUAUGGCACCCCCGCGCUACCCUAUACGGGAACAGUGGAAUUUUUUGCAAAUGGUGGUUGUCGUUAUCAACCUAAUUGCACAUCACCCAUUCCAGCGUCACUUAACAUCAGCGAAUAUGAAAAACAAGAUCUCUGCAGUCAUAGAAGAGUAAUGUUUCUGUUUAUAACAUCGAUUUAUAAUUCUACCAAAAUUAUGGCAUGUAAAUUUAAUGAUUAUAUCCUGAAUAAGGAAUGUAAUGCAACUCCCAUUGGAUACGCAUUGAAAGACGCAUGCAAUGUAACCGGAAACUAUUAUUUCAAUGCAGGAGUCGAGCCCUAUUAUUACUAAAUAUUUGUUGUAAUGUAAUAAAAAAAGGUUUAUUGUAAUUAAAUACAGUUGUUAUUGAAUGAAGAAUAUAUAAAAAAAUUAGUUGCAAAUAAA